AUGGUGGGGCGCGUCUUUGUACACGAGUACCUCCGGUCGAAGCUGUGCUCGCUGUACGAGAACGACUGCAUCUUCGACAAGUUCGAGUGCUGCUGGAGCGGCGACGACCAGCGGCUCAUGACCGGCUCCUACAACGGCUUCUUUAGGGUGUUUGAACGCGGCGCGGGCGGCGGACGGCGCGGCGAGCUGACGUUGGAGGCGGCGCGCGACGCGGCCGCGCGGCCUCGGCAACCGCUGCGCGCGCGCCGCGUCGCCGCCACCGCCAAGAGGAAGAAGGACGAAAUAAGCGUGGACUGUUUGGACUUCAACAAAAAGAUCCUGCACACAGCGUGGCACCCUCACGAAAGUAUCAUCGCGGUGGCAGCCACCAACAACCUCUUCAUAUUUCAGGACAAGUUCUAGCAGGGAACGCCGUCUGAUCACUGCCUUUGCUCAGCCAUACUGGCGGGGAUCACGUUUCUCGAGCGGUAAAUAUGUCAACGUGAAAUUUUGAACUCUGUCAGUUUAUAAUAUAACGCGUUAGAUUGUAAACUAACAGUGGAUUAGGU